AAAUUGAACGUUACGACAACUACAACAACGUUCAUUUAUAGUUCAAUUGAACAACAGAGUACUACUGUAUUCUAUAUUCUGUAAUUCGUAUAAAUUUUGAAGUGUGAUAUUAUAAAAGUUUUCCCAGAAGUUGUAGGGAUUACAUAGGCUAAUAAUAAAUGAGAUUAAAUCAAAUAUAUUUAGCUCAAAAUAUAUUGAAAAACAUGGCAUUUAAUUAUUAUGCUGUUGCCCGAGGUCGAAAUGUUGGAAUUUAUAACACCUGGAAUGAAUGUCAAGAUCAAGUAAACAAUUUUUCUGGCUGUGCAUUCAAAAAAUUUCACUCAAAAGCAGAAGCUGAAGCGUUCAUCAAUGAAAGGGCAGAUGCAGAGCCAAGAUAUGGUGGUAGAUCAGUUGCUCCUACAUUUACUAAAAGACCACUAUCACAGCCAAGGGACUAUUACAAAGUUGUUGAUGAAAAUCCAUAUUUAACAGAACAAACAUCAGCAAAAAGGAGAAUAUGUUCAGCACCUAUCAGCAAUGAUCAUGAUAGAGCACCUGGAGAGUAUAUUACUGACAAGGAUGGAUAUGUGAGUGUAUAUACAGAUGGUGCAUGUAGUGGAAACGGUCGUGAAUCUGCAAAAGCAGGAAUAGGUGUUUGGUUUGGUGAUGACCAUCCCUUAAAUGUAUCACGACCUGUUGAUGGCAGAGCAACCAAUAAUAUGGCAGAAAUUCAGGCUGUGACUACAGCUUGCCAGCAGGCAAAGAGAGCAGGUAUCAAGAACUUGAAGAUUAAUACAGAUUCACAGUUUCUUAUUUCUUGCAUAAAUGAUUGGAUGCCAAAAUGGAAACGUAAUGGAUGGAAAACUUCAACUGAUAAACCUGUUAUAAAUAAAACUGAAUUGUUGGAAAUGGAAGGGGCACUUAGUUCCUUAAAUGUAAUAUGGAACCAUGUUAAUGGUCAUGUUGGAAUCCAUGGAAAUGAAAUGGCUGAUAAAUUAGCAAGGGCAGGUUGUCAGAAAUACUAAACUACUUGUGUAAGAUAUGAUAUAAAGUGAAAUUUCUAUAUUUGGAAGUAAUAUGUUUUAAGUUUACAAUGUAAUUUACAUUUAUAAUGUUUAAUAUGUUCUGUGAAAAUACACAUAAUGAGAAAUAAAAGUAUAA